CGUGCCGCCGCGCGCGCAUCGUCGCGAAGUAAACUAAAAAUAAUCCUCUAAGAAUAGUACAAGUGCCACAAUGUACAAACAGUUCCCGUUUUCGAUGGAAAACAUCCCGAGGCAAACCAGCUUCGGCUGCUUUUCGCUCAAGAUUGGGAGCAUCUUUUCAGCGCUCAUCGUCAUACUCUACUCAGUGUUGGCCCUAGCACAAUGCCUGGCCAUCCUCGGCGGGUGGCACGAGACCAUCAACAGCUCAUCAUCAUCAAUGGCCACCGGCCUGGUGGUGACCGUCGCCAUCGUGCAUGCUAUCACGCUGUUCCUGUCUACCGUCAUGCUGAUUGGAGCGCUGAGGGAAGACGCCCGCCUCAUGCGGCCGUGGGUGAUCUGGACCUCCAUCCAGGUGAUGUGCUACAUGCUGCUCUUCAUCUUCUUCAUGGUGAACAACUUCUCCGACAACAGCCUCACGGUCUACGUCAUCGAACUCAUUAGCUUGUUCGUCCAUUGCUACAUGCUGAUGCUAGUAUCCAGCUACUACAAGCAGCUGGAGGAAGAGCGAGACGAAAGACUGAAGAGUCUCAUCAACAAAGACAUUUGGCAUGAGUAUGCAUAAGACGGAACGGCCCGAUUCUAACUUUAAGAUCCGUCAACUAAUAGAUCUAGAAACGAUAUGGAUUAGAUAUGUCAGUGUCAAAUGUGACGUUUCUUCAAACAAAUACGUCACUUUUGACACUGACACAUCUAAUCCAUAUCGUUUCCAGGUCUAUAGUCCGUUUUUUUAGCAUUAGAAAGAACUUCGCAGAAGUAAGCUUGUGGUUCCAAAUCCGGCACUUUUAGCGGUAAUAAUUUGAAGUAAAUUAUAUGUAUUGACCAUGCUACAUUAGAUAAUUCAAUAAUUAUUAACAAUUAAAGAGCCUGAUAAAAACUGCACGCUUGCUUCUGUGGAGUUCUUACUAAUGCUAAAAAAAACGAACUAUACGUGACAGCGUGAUAAAACGGUGUCCGUCACUUUCUAUCCCAUGGUGUUAAAAAGUGACAGUUGUUUUAUCACGUGGAUAAAGAUGGAUAAAGCUAUCCAUAAUACGCCGGCUGAUCUAUUAAUUGACGUAUCUUAAGUUCGAAUCCGGCAGGAAGUCGUGGUGCGGUUACAUUAUCAACUGCCAUGUAUAAUGUUAUAAUAAUUUACGAUACGAGUGCAAAUUACCUAUUCGCACGUGUAUCAUACUUUUUACAGUACACAUGGCUCUAAAUUUUCGACGUAAAUGAUGAUGUACUGUACAGAUGUACUGUAAAUAACUAUUAUGUGACUGCUAACUGUUACAUAAUGAUGGGCCUUAAAGUACGAGUGUGGGUUUAUAAAACGAGUUGGAAGAGAGUUUCAUAAAAACAUCACACGAGUGUUUUAAUGCUUAAUUAUGUACAGUUACAAACACUGCUUUAUAUUGUAUACACCUGACACACGUAUCUUAAGCUCUCUAUGAUAUGUUGACCGCUAUUGCGGCAUUUGACCAUUUAUCGAUAACAAUGUUAUUAUAACGUAUUAAUAACAUAACAUGUAACCGAAAUAACAGUUUCAAUAUCUUUAUGCCGGCUAUAGUUUGCGGUUUCUGCGUCAUAUAAACGUUUAUAAUAGGUAUUACGUUUAUUUAUAUAAUUUAGUUUUAAUUAGUGGAACAAUCGAUGCAAGUUUAGCAAUAAUAAUUGCGAAUCCCGCGCUUUCAGCACAUUCGCCAGAUUUAGAGCCGAUACAGACGAACUGCAACCCGACUGCAAUUUGCAUGGGAACGGCACGCCAACUGCAACGUCGGCGUGCAGUUCCCAUACAAGUUACAGUUCAGUUGCAGUCCGUCUAUGCGGGCUCUUAAACACAUGUUUAUUGUGAUAUGAAAGGUUAUAUCUUGUUUGUAAAUAAGUAAAUGAUUUUCUUAGUAAUAUUAAAAAAAAGGUUAUAAGGUUUAUAUUUAUAUAUUUGAGAUAAAUGUGAUUUUAAAUAAAAAAAAUAUUAUAUCUUGAUUGUUUUAUUGUGAUAUUAACAUCUUUUUUGGCAUAAAACUUAUACACUUAAGAUAAACAUAAUAUUAUACUGUCUUUAUCUUAAAUUUAUGAAACAUUUUUUAUAUUUUGUUCAAAACAUAAACGUUGAUAAAUACAUAUUUUUUGUAGGUAUCAAAAAUAUCCAUCUUUAUACAAAAUGUACAUUUUAAUAUCUAUAUAAUAUCUACCUACUUAUAAUAAAACAAGUUUACUUCAUAUAAAAUUUAGGCAUCUUGAUUUUCUGUAAAUAUUUACGUAAUAAUUCAUAAUAUAUCCAGAUCAGUUUUCUAAGAUCUAUCUAUAUCGAAUAGGAAGGUACCUACCUAAAUGUAUACAGGGUGUCACUCAGCACUAAUUUCGGACGCGGAAAAAGGUUGGAGAAUUACGUACACAGCGAAGAUCGAUAUUUCAAAAAUAUGAUUAUCGAAGAAUUUAAUCUGCUUAUCUUUUUUUUUAUUAAAAUAGUUUAAGGAUAGAUAAUUAUGUUUUUUUAAUCAUUUUUUUUUUAAUUGAAAUCUGUGUCUGAACGCCCUGUACUAGAUCAAUUUUCUCAGUCGAUCUUAGCUAUUUAGGGGUCAUCCAUUAAUUACGUCACACGAAUUUCUAGGUUUUUUGACCCCUCCCCCCUCCUUGUCACACUUGGUCACAUUUGGCAAACCCCUCCCCCCUAGUGUGACGUCACAUUUUUUCUACGAAAUCGCCAAAUCGAAUUAAGUAAGUACCUAAGUAUUAUUAAUAUUGUAUCAAAAUAUUUUUGACGAUGUAAAUAUUAGUAAUUUUAUAACCCAAAACUGAUUAGGAAAGAAAAUUUAUUUUAGAUUUAAGCUAGUUAUUAAUUUCGUUUAGUUGUGCUACUGUAUAUAUAUUGUUUGUAAAUAAAUGAUUUUUAAUUAACUGUCAAAAAAAAAAAAAAGGAUUAAAAACUAUUUUCGUUUUAAAAACUUGUUAUUUAAAUGUACAGCGAACUAAAUAAUUUAAAUAAAUUUUCGGUUACUGAUGAAGUUAAAGUGACGUCACAAAGUUUGUGUCUCCCCCUCCCCCAUGUCACAAUAUGUCACAUUUUCUUGACCCCCUCCCUCCCCCUAAACGUGUGACGUAAUUAAUGGAUGACCCCUUAAUGUAGGCGUAGGUAGGUCCUUAAACGUAUACCUAGUUUAUUUUAAUAUUAAGGCACUUUUUUAAUUUAUUUAUUAUAAACUCUACAUGUUUAAACACUUCAAGUUUAAACAUUAAAUAUUCCAUAAAAUUUUAAUAUAAGUACAACAUUUAUUUAACAGUUUGACAGCUUCGUCAAAAUAUACACAUUUACUUGUUGUACAGAAAAGGCACAUUUAAGAACCCCAUCAUCACAUUAUUUUAAAAUUACCUGUGAAACAUUAAUUAAAAAUAUACAUUCCAUCCAUUUUAUUUUCUUAAAUUUUAUAUAUUUUUUCAAUUAAGUAUUUGAUAUAGUUUUAUUUAUUUUAUAAUGUUUGAUUGUAUGCCAACUUUCAUCUUUUUAUUAUUUUCUUUCGUAAUCUUUCGUAAUAUACCUAUUAUUAUUCAUAAUUUCACAGGAAGUGGUAAUCAAAUGCUCAAUAAUAACAUUAUUAACUUAACACUAAACUUGGCUGGA